AAACCCUAUUCCACCUUCUUUCCUUCUGUUUUCACUUCUCUCUUCAUCCAAACCAUGGCCACUGCACCUGGAUUGCUGGAUCCUGUGCAGUCAUCCACCUUUAAGGAGCAGAUGAGAAAGAGACAUUACAACGACUACUUUGUCUACGGCAGCAUUAACUUCAAACAUUUGAAUGAUGACUCAACUAAAAUUGACAUUCCAAUUCCGAAUUACAUCUCAGCUAUUGAGAGCAUCAUUACCGCUACAAAUCGAAUUACUGAUACCGUUCAUCAUCGCGGGAGCGAAGGUUCAUUAGAUGUUAAUGUUGUGAUCGAGCCUCCGUUGUGUAUUCUUAAUCAUAUAUCUAGCGAGCUUUGGUGCAACCCUCCCGGGAUUGGAAGUGCACACGAGAAUACACUAACAAUCUUCGAAAUAUUGGCAAAUUAUCCAUGGGAAGCCAAGGCAGCUCUCACUUUGUUAGCCUUUGCAACAGAUUAUGGAGACUUAUGGCAUCCCUAUCCUUAUUCCCAUACCGAUCCAUUGGCUAAAUCAUUGGCAAUUAUCAAGCGAGUAGGUAUGUUGAAGAAGCACUUGGACUCGCUUCCAUACCAACAAGUGCUUCUCAAUCCUAACAGUCUCAUUCAAAUGUGCUUGCAAGCAAUCAAACGUAUGAAUGAGAUACGAGAAUUCAAAAAAUAUUAUCUCAAUGACCCUCUUGAGUUAGCUUCUGCUCUUCGUCAGAUUCCAUUGGUUACUUAUUGGGUUAUACACAUUAUCGUGGCUUCUAGCAUUGAGCUAUCCAGCUAUCUCACCGAAACCAAAAAUCAGACACAGAGAUAUUUGAAUGAAUUGUCGGAAACUAUUGCGUUGGUACUCGCUAGACUUGAAAAGCAUCUAGACGCCAUCCGAGAACAGCAUGAGGAAGUUGAUCUCUACCGAUGGUUGGUUGACCACAUUGAGCAUUUUCAUACUAACAUUGCAUUAGUUGUUUCCAAGCUACUUAGCGGCAAACCUGAAACCAACCCAAUAAUUGAUGGCUCAACUCAAAAAGAGGUUGGUGUUCAUGAAAGUUUGUCGGGAAAGAACGUGGUAUUGCUCAUUUCGAGGUUGGAUAUCUCCGAGGAUGAUAUCAAAGCUAUUCAUAAUAUUUAUGAUGAAUUGAAAACUAGAGACACUAAUUAUGAGAUAGUUUGGAUUCCAAUUAUCCCGGAGCCUUAUCAUGAAGAUGAUCGCAAGAGAUAUGAGUAUUUGCGUUCUACAAUGAAGUGGUACUCAAUCCAGUUUACUACAAGAAUAUCUGGCAUGAGAUACAUCGAGGAGGAGUGGCAAUUUAGAGAAGAUCCAUUAGUUGUGGUACUCAACCCAAAUUCUAAAGUAGAAUUCAUGAAUGCAAUUCAUCUAAUUCGAGUUUGGGAAAAUGAAGCUAUCCCAUUUACACAAGCAAGAACUGAAUCUUUACUAAAAAAACAUUGGCCCGAGUCAACUCUCCUCAAAUUCACUCACCAACCAAGGCUACCAAAUUUGAUUAAGAGUCAGAAAAGUAUUAUAUUUUAUGGAGGAAGGAAUCCAUCAUGGAUCCAACAAUUUGAAGAAAAAGUAGAAAUUUUGAAAAACGAUCCUUUGAUACUCGAUGGGAGUUCAUUUGAGAUCGUACGCAUUGGAAAAGAUGCAAUAGGAGAGGAUGAUCCUAAACUCAUGGCUCGUUUUUGGAAAGUACAAUGGGGUUAUUUUAUAGUGAAGAGCCAGAUAAAAGGUUUAAGUGCAAGCGAGACAAGUGAAGAUAUUUUAAGAUUGAUUUCUUACCAAAAUGAAGAUGGUUGGGCAGUUGUUACGAUAGGCUCAGCCCCUUUGUUAGUUGGUAGUGGCAUUUUGAUUUUGAGAUUGUUUGAUGAUUUCCCAAAAUGGAAACAAAAUUUGCACUUCAAGGCUUUCCCCAAUGCUUUUAGAGACUCCUUCAAUGAGCUGGCUAUGAAGACUCAUGAAUGUGAUCGAGUUAUUUUUCCUGAAUUUAGUGGAUGGAUUCCUAUGGUUGUCAACUGUCCCGGAUGUCCUCGUUUCAUGCAGAAGGACAUUACCUUUAAAUGUUGUCAUGGUGGCUCUCGCAUGUGAUCAUCCAAAGUGAGUAUUAUAUAUCUUUUUAUUAUCAUAUAUUACUACUACUAACACUAUUACGUGCCAUAAAUGAUUUUUGGUGGUCAUCAAGUUCUGUGUUUAUAUGUUAGAAAUUGAGACAUAUGAUCUUGUCGUUAUCAUCGAUUGAAUAUUUGUAUGAUUUAUGUUAUUUCGACAAAAUUAUGAAAUACUUUAUCU